GUCAAGCUUGCCUCCCCGCCGUGUUCGUAGAAAAGGUUUUAUUAGUACUACGGAUAAACUCUUGAUAUUAUGUUCUCCUUACUCGUUGCAUACGGUUACCAGGAUGUUUCUGCACCCUUCCAACCGCAUCCGUCACUCGCCUGACCAAGCCACCCGCGGAGGGUGGAGACCAGCAUGCAGACCAGGGUACAGGCACCAACAGGGGAGAGUGCACUGAGAUGUGCUCACAUACGAAGUCACGGGGACUAAAAUCAUUAACCAGACAGUCCUGGAGGGAACAAGCCUCCGAAAAAACAUAUAAUGCUGCCGAAGUACGUUUCCAUUGCUAACCCGCCACAGUCUAUUCGUUGCUUCCUUUCUUACGGAAUCGUACCCGCAAGUCUUCUAUUCAUUCCACAUAAUGAAGUGCUUAGCAUUCAUUUCGACAUGCGCAUCUCUGUUGUCAGUGGCAACUGCUCAUGGCGGCGUUGGCACAUAUACGAUAGGGACAACCGCUUACAAAGGCUGGCAGCCAUACAAUUCCGCCUCCGGUCAGAAGUCUAUUCAGCGACAGUACUCUACUUUUGAUCCUCUUCUCAUUGCCGACCUUAGCAAGGUGCAGAUACGCUGCAAUAACGCUGGUGCCCUUGGUACGGGGUUGUCUGCUACUAUAGCGGCGGGAAGUACGAUAAAAGCGACCUGGACACACUCAGGGUGCAAUAACUGGGACGGCGCUGGCAAAGUUUGGUUCAAAAUCGACCAUCAAGGACUCGUCUCCGGAACACAAAAUGCGGGAAUAUGGGCCGGUGAUGCGAUCGUGGAUACGCUUAACUGGACAACUACCAUCCCGGCGUCACUUGCCCCUGGGGAGUACCUUAUUCGACAUGAACUCCUCGCCCUGCACCAAAGGAACAACCCGCAGUUUUAUCCCGAAUGCGCCCAGCUUAUCGUGACCGGUAGCGGGUCAGCUUCCCCACCCUCCUCAUUCCUUGUGUCUUUUCCAGGCGCGUAUUCGGCGACUGACCCCGGCGUGGCGUUCAAUAUUGAUGGCGAGGCUGCUAAGACGGCAACGUCGUAUCCCAUCCCUGGACCCGCCGUUUGGGAUGGCUCCAGCAAUGCUCCGCAGCAACCUGAGCCUGAGCCGCAACCAACGCCAACGACGCUGCUGACGAGCGCAAAGCCAGAGCCCACCGAACCUAGCUGCGAGGUCGCUCGGUAUGGCCAAUGCGGAGGACUGACAUAUACUGGAUGUACGGUUUGUGCUCCGGGCAGCACAUGUAGAGCUAAUGGGGAUUAUUAUUCUCAAUGUCUAUAG